AUGGUAACAGCUUGCUGGACGGACUAUAGCUGGGUCAGCGGCGAGCGGCCUGCAGCAUUGGCUUGUGGUCGCAAUGACAAUCCGAAACCUUUUCUGAAUGGAUUAACAGGAAAGCCAGUAACGGUGAAACUGAAGUGGGGAAUGGAGUACAAAGGCUACCUUGUGUCUGUAGAUGGCUAUAUGAACAUGCAGCUUGCAAACACAGAAGAAUACAUAGAUGGAGCGUUGUCUGGACAUUUGGGUGAAGUUUUAAUAAGGUGUCAUAAUGUCCUUUAUAUCAGGGGUGAAGAAGAGUAAGAAGAUGGGGAAGUGAGAGAAUAG